AGCUCCCCUAUGUCGGACAGAACCUUGCCCCCAUUUUCCGGCCAAUCUCCUCCCUUUGCCGGCGGCGACCGAGCUCCCCGUCUCCACCACUGACCGAGCUCUCCAGUUCCAGCGCCAACUGAUCUCAGCCCGUCUCCACUUCCUUGUGAAAGAUAGAGAUUAGCCAUGAUGGUGUCUGAGAUCUACUUGUAGAACUAAAGGCAUUUUUUUGGCUGAGAAAGGAAAAGCGAGAGCACUGCAGCCUGCAGGAGAAGAAGAAACUUUUAGAUGGACUUAUCACAACUGCCCUUGAUUUCACAUUGCGAAGAUGAAUGUUCGUUGACACAUGAACAAGUUGAAGAUAUUGUUCCCAUUGAAAUAGACCCUCAAAAUGCUAAUGAACAGUUGAAAGAUGAUAGUUUGGUCAAUUGUCGUUCCAAGCACAAGCUUAUAGAUGAAGAAAAAAAUGUUAAGGAACCUAAGGAGGGUAUGUUAUUUGGCUCCACAGAGGAACUUCUUGAAUAUUAUAGAAAUUAUGUGAAGCAAGAGGGAUUUGGUGUGGUGCAGAAGAAGAAAAAAAAGUAUGAAAAUGGAGAUGUACAUUACAUCACUUUAGCAUGUGCUCGUCAAGGCAACGCAUCAUCCAGCUCAAGCAAUAGUCUUUCCAAGCCAAUGAAAACAAGCAAAACGGGGUGUAGGGCUACUGUGAGUGCAACAUUAGUGGAUACAAUGUGGUAUGUGACUAAUGUAAAUCUAGGGCAUAACCACGAUUUAAGCCCGGGCAAAGCAAGAUAUAUUAGAUGUCAUAAGAAGUUGGAUCUUGCUACAAAGAGAAAGCUUGAUAUAGAUGAUAGGGCUGGAAUUCGAACAAAUAAGAUCUAUAACUCGCUAGCCGUUGAAGCUGGGGGAUACGAGAAUCUCACAUUUGGAGAGAAAGAGUGUCGCAAUUAUAUUGCGAACUCAAGACGUCUUCGCCUUGGCACAGGAGGUGCUACAGCACUUCGUGACUACUUCGAUAGAAUGCAGAAAGUGGAUAGUGAUUUCUACUUUGAAAUGGAUGUGGAUGAUGAGUUUAGGCUAAAAAAUGUGUUUUGGGCUGAUGCACGAAAAAAGUUUGGAUCAAAUUCACAGUACAAAGCCAUUAAAAGUGCCAUACGAAGUUGUGUGUAUAAUUCUCAAACAUGUGAUGAGUUUGAUGCUAAAUGGCAGAGUGUACUUGAGUGUUAUAAUCUGGAGGAGAAUGCAUGGCUGCGUGAUUUAUACAGUGAACGGAGUUUCUGGAUACCAGCAUAUUUGAAUAGUAUAUUUUGGCCUGGCAUGACUACCACGCAGCGUAGUGAGAGUAUGAAUGCAUUUUUUGAUGGUUAUGUGCAUUCGUCUACCUCAUUGAAAGAAUUUGUGGAUCAAUACGAUAACGCUUUGCGUAGGAAGGUUGAGGUUGAGAAUGUCGCUGAUUUCGAUUCUUUUCAUACCACGAUUUCAUGUGUAAGCAGGUAUCCCUUUGAGAAGCAAUUUCAAAAAAUGUACACACAUGCAAAGUUCAAAGAAGUUCAAAAGGAGAUUUCAGAGAUUAUGUAUUGUGGUUGCUCUCGUUUAGAAAGUGAAGGUGGAAUUAAUACCUACCAGGUGAUUGAAAAGGUAGAAAUUAGUGAUUCCUACAUUAAGAAAGUAUGCUUCACUGUUUACUAUAAUGGACUUUCAUGUGACGUGAGCUGUAGUUGUCAUUUGUUUGAAGCAAGAGGAAUUUUGUGCAGACAUGCCAUGUCUGUACUGACUAUAGGUGAAGAUGUGAAAUUGUUGCCCGAUAAAUACUUUCUAAACCGAUGGAGGAAGGAUUUGGAGCGGCCAUAUAAAUUAAUUAAAAGUAGUUAUGAUCCUUUGAGUGGCAACCCAACUGCAGAUCGAUAUGAUGAACUGAGCAAAAAUAUGUUGAAGUUAGCCGCAAUCGUAGCACCAAACGUGGACCAUUGCACGGAAGUGCAAAAUUAUGUUGAUAUGUUAACUAAUAAAUUUAGUGGUCCAAGAUGUGAACAAAGUCCAUCUUCCCAAUCACUUCCAAGUGCAAAAUUGCUCCCAAGUGCGUCUAGGACUAUGACUGGUGAUGGAGUAGAGGUGUGUAGUCCUCUCGUGGCUCAUACUAAAGGGAGAAAACCAUCGAACAGAAAGGUGUCCGCAGUUGAAAAAGCGGUCAAAAAGUCUGCUGCAUCAAACAAGAGUGCCACAAAUCCCAAUCAGCAGAGGAAACAACAGAGGAAAAAAAAACAGCCAUGCCAAAGAUCACUAGUAGAUGAACUAGACACAAGUGAAGAUCCGUUCACUUUUGUAACUGAUGUUCUGCAUGACCAAGUAAUUGGAACUCAUAGUAGUGUUGUUACACAAAUCAAGGAUCUCAAGGGAAUUUUGUUUGAUCUUCUUGUUCCAGGCAUGAUGGUCAAUGCUCGUGUACAGUCAAUUCUUGAAAAUGACGUUAUGUUAUCAUUCCUUACAUAUUUGCAGUAA